AUGCCGGCGGACGGUGAUGACGCCAGCCCCAUUACCAUCGCCGAAGUCAAGGAUAUUGCCCGCAAACGACUGCCGAACAAUGUAUGGCAAUACUAUGAGACAGGCACUGACGACGAAUUCCUAGUCGAGCGCAACGAAGCUAUCUACAAAGAGCUUUUGCUUCGGCCAAAGUUUUUGCGCAAUGUUCGCGACGUUGAUACAUCAACCACCGUGUUCGGGAAACAUUAUGACUUUCCCAUUGCCAUCGCGCCCAGCGCUUACCAGAGACUUGCUGGUCAUCAGGGCGAGGUCGACAUUGCUCGCGCCGCCUUUGCCCUUGGCACUAACUUGUGUCUCUCUUCCAAUGCCACAACGUCGAUAGAGGAUACAGCAAACGCGCUUGACAGCCGCGAUUCAAAGUACCCUAAUCCAUGGUUCCAGCUCUAUGUUUUAGGUAAUCGCAACGCAUCUGCUGAUCUAAUCCGUCGUGCUGAGGCGGCUGGGUACGAAGCGCUGGUUUUGACUGCGGACAUGCCUGUUCUGGGCAACCGUUUACACGAAAGAAAACAUGCGCUCGUCAUGCCAGAUCAUUUGAGUAUGGCAAACUAUGCGGGCCGCAAAGCAGGUGCGGUAUCCAAGGGUAGAUUAUUGUUGAAUGCUGCAACCGCGAAGGAGGCGCAGGAUAUCAUUGCCGAGCAUUCACCAGCCCUUCCGGAUACAAGUAUGCACUGGGAUGAGGUCAUCCCUUGGCUUCGCUCACAGACAAAAAUGAAAGUACUUGUCAAAGGCAUUUUGACCUCUGAAGACGCGCACUUGGCACUCAACGCAGGUGUUGAUGGAAUCGUCGUUUCCAACCACGGCGGGCGAGCCCUCGAUGGCUCUGUAUCCACUCUUGAGGCUCUUCCCGAGAUCGUAGAUGCAGUGCGUGGCCGAGUUCCCGUCAUAUUCGACGGCGGCAUCCGUCGCGGCAGCGACGUCUACAAGGCUCUAGCUCUUGGUGCGGACCUCUGUCUCGUAGGCAGACCAGCACUCUGGGGCCUCUCGUACAAUGGGCAGAAGGGUGUAGAGCAUGUGCUUCAUAUCCUUGAAAGGGAGUUUUGGCGAACAAUGACACUGACGGGCGUAGUCAAUGUCAAGCAAAUAAACAGAACCAUGCUAGGCAAGGCGAAGAUACACGGAUUUGGGAUUGCAAAACUAUAG